GGAUUGCAAAGAUUUUGUUGUACUGAGGUAGAGUACUUGUACCUGGAUUUAUGGGGACGAGAGGGUGGUAUGGUGUUUAAUUUCAGCUGUGGGACGAGUGAAACGAAGCUUGGUGUUGAGGUUAUAUUAUUUAAGACGUGAUUUUCUUUAGGAAAGGCGACGGGGGUCAAUGGUCAUCUUUGAUCAUUGAGGUUGGUUGGGGAGGAGAAGGUUUGUAUUCCCCCGCAUUUUGAAGUAGUGGCUUGGCGUAUGUAAGUGCAUAAUAACUUUUUUUUUUCUCUUCCGUCACUCUCACAGGGGGUCAUUUGACGACGACAGCUCAAUCCGAGAUGGACAGCGGAAAUACAUGACGCAACGAACGAACGGUUUGGGGCUGGUUUUGUUUGAUCUAGCUGCGUUACCCCUCAUUUCUCAAUGGAGGAGAGACAGGAUAUCGAAUCAGAGGCCUUGCCGAACAGAGGAUGAAACUCAAUAGACGGUUUCUCGAUUCUUGCCGACAUCAUCAUAACAGCAUGCAGGUGGGCUUCGACCAAGGAUUGGGGAUGUGUGGCUGGUGUUACAUGCUCAACCAUCCAAUCCCUUCUGCAGACGGUCAUUCCCAAACCUCCGAAACGAGAUAUUAGUCAAAGAAUGACAAGGUGGACUUGGGUUGGUAGUAGCAAAUGGUGCUGCGAACUGGUACAUGUGGUACUGUGAUUUGCUGCGAGUCGAACAGUGGAGCGAGAGGAGGGAGCUGAUUCGAUGAGCUGCAGCUGGGAAGAGCUUGAACGGGGGGCAAGAGACUAUUUUCAUUCUCUUGCUGCUUUUUCCUUCCUCUUCUUGCAUCUCGGUUCCUGCACUCUCAGCUCCUGGUUCCUGGGUUGUGCUUUCCUUGCUUUCCUUAACAGGCGUCAUCUGCUCUGUGUUACCCCUCUUUCCUUCCUGCUCUACCUGAUCCAUAAGGUUUCUCAUUCCUACUACCUCUUCUAUUCCCUCUCAUCAUUCUACACUUCUUUUGUUUUUUCUUUCAUCAGACUCGUCAAUUCAUCACCAGAUAAUAUCAUCAACAGCUACACCAAUCCAUAAAUCAUGAUUCAAGAGGCCAUCAGCCCGGAAUGGGUUUACAAGACCAAGAACCCGCUGUAUCCAACUACAGGACUUCCUCCUGUUCCGGAACUCUCUCCCAAACCAACAGAUGUCUCUCCAAUUCCUACUGUCGUACCGACUCCGGAUUACUAUGAGACUCUUGGUGAUGUUGGACAUACCACUCUUUGGGUAAGUGACCGGUUUCAUCCUUCUGUGAUGGGAUCAGGACUAAUACUUCAUUCAGGUCGUCUUCGCUCUCAUGCUUAUCUCGACUAUCAUCUUCACCGGUCUAGCAUGGCGAGUUCCAGUUGUAAGUAUACCAAUCACAAUUCAUAUAAGCAGUUACUAAUAAUUGCCUAAGCAAAAACGACUCUUCCAUGUCAUCACAACAUUUAUCACUCUCUUCGCAACACUCUCCUACUUCGCCAUGGCCACCGGAGACGGAAACUCCUUUGCUCAAAUAGUCAUCCACACUCGGAACAAACACGUUCCCGAUACCGUAGAAUACGUUUACCGCCAAGUUUUCUGGGCCCGCUACGUCGACUGGUCGGUUACCACACCACUCCUUCUCCUUGAUCUUGCCUUCCUUGCCGGUCUCGACGGAGCCAGUAUCAUCGUUACCAUAGUUGCUGAUCUCAUCAUGGUUCUUCUUGGCCUAUUUGCCGCCUUCGGCAGCUCAGACGGUCAGAAAUGGGGAUACUACGCUAUGGCAUGUGCCGCCUAUCUCGUUAUCGUCUACCAACUGGCUGUCGGUGGACGUCGUGCUAUUUCAUCCAAGGAUCGAAGCACUAGCAGUCUCUUCAAUUCUCUCGGACUUUUCACCUUUGUGCUUUGGACUUUGUAUCCUAUUGUCUGGGGUAUUGGGGAUGGAGCAAGAAAGUGGAGUGUUGACGUAGAGAUUGUUGCGUACGCUAUCCUUGAUGUGCUUGCUAAGCCCGUAUUUGGCUUCUGGUUGCUUUUUGCACACCGAAAAGCACCUGCUAUUGAGGGAUGGUGGAGUUCUGGAAUUGGUCAGGAGGGUAGUGUCAGACUUGAGGAUGAGGGUGCUUAAGCCAUUACCCUCAUCUCUUCCUGAGAAGGGGGGACUUGCUCGGUCAGGGGCAAACUUCACUUGAUUACUCACUGAUGCGUACUGCUUCUUCGGCACUUGGUAGCAAGCUUAAACCUUGGCAAAUGCGUUUGCUUUUUCUUUUCGUUCGACAUCGCUAUUUCGUGCUGGGAUAGCAUUCAUGGUACGGGGGUAUGGGGUUUUCCGGUUUUCAAGGUUCGGUGUACUCCAACCUUGUUCUUGAUACUUUUAGUUUGAGAAACGUCUAUUAUGCAUGCAUUGGCGUACCACUACUAUAGUGGUAGUGCACCACAGUAUUAAUAUUCACGUAAUGAGAAAAACAACGAGGAAAUACGGAUGGGGGAGAUAAAAAGAACAAUUGAAUUACUUUUUUUCUCUACUGUUG